CCAUGAGGGUCCUGUGGGCUGCCCUGGGUGGGCUCUGCAUUCUAGCUGGUUGGGUUGGCAGCCAGUUGUCCACCAAUUCGAUCCCUUUGGAUCCCAAUGAAGUGUUUUUUGAUGAAACCAACUGUAGCUCUGUGAACACCAGUCAGUGCGCAGCGUGUCCCCCGGGAACGUUCUCCAGUAAUAAUACCGAGGCUUGUGUUUGCUGUUCGAGCGGCUCCUGCCUGAAUCUGUCCGACUGCGUGCCGUGUCCAGCGGGCUACUACCAGCCCCAGACCAGUCAGCGGACCUGUCUACCCUGCCCGCAAGGCUUUUACACCAACACAAGUCAAAGUGCUGCGUGCCAGCCGUGCCAAGCCGGCUACUAUUCCAAUCAGACGGCCUCUGCUGCGUGCACGCAAUGUGGAAAAGGUUUCUUCUCCCCCCACGAGAAUGCCUCCGCAUGCGAGCCCUGCCCACGUGGGUCAUUCUGCAACGUGACCGCGUGUUCCACGUGUGCCGUCUGUCCUGUUGGGGAGGAAGCCUUGGAUGAAGGAUUGUCUGAAUGUAGCUUAUGCCGUCCAGGUACAUACAGAGGGCCUGCCGACAGUGCCUGCUUAUUAUGCCGUGAUGGAGAAUAUCAGGACAGAUGGGGAGCAGACCGGUGCGUGCUGUGUCCUGAAGAUCACUACUGUCCUAUUCCUGACAUCUACCCCAUAAAAUGCCCAGAAGAUGCCUUCUGCCCUGCGGGGAGCAGCGCGCCGACCUAUUGCAUGGAGACGUUUCUACGCAAAGCAGGAAGCUCUUGCAAGCUUUCGCCGCUCACCGUUGCGCUGCUGGUUAUGUGUUCCAUAUGCAAAACUUCUGUGGUGUAG